AUGUCUCCUCUCGGCGUGCGCGCCCCGAAGGCGCUGGCCGUGGCGGCUUUCCUGGGCGUCGCGGUUGCGUGCGCCACUCUUUUCUCGUCUUCUCCGGCCUCGUUAUCUGCCCCGUUUCUCCUGGAGACUGUGGCGACAGAGGCGGACGCAUCCGAGCCUCUGACCGCGGACGAGGCCCCGCGCUCGCUGCCCGUGGAAGAGAGCGAGAAGGCUGCCGCGCCGCUGACUGCUGAAGAGCAGGAGGCAGUCCAGAAGAGCCAAGAGAGUCACCAGUACCAGACGGAGGUGUCCAGGUUGAUGGACAUCAUCAUCAACUCGCUGUACACGCAGCGCGAAGUGUUUCUUCGCGAGUUGAUCUCGAACGCCGUCGACGCGCUGGAGAAAGUCCGGUUCACGGCGCUGAGUCGCCCGGAAGUGAUGGAGCCGAAGAAGAACUUGGAUAUCCGCAUCGAGUUCGACGCCGAUGCCAAGACGCUGAGCAUCAUCGACACGGGUAUCGGCAUGACCAAGCAAGACUUGAUCAACAACUUGGGAACGGUCGCCAAGUCCGGAACAAGCAACUUCCUCGAGGCCAUGGCCCAGGGGAACGACGUGAACCUGAUCGGCCAGUUUGGUGUGGGCUUCUACAGCGCGUUCCUGGUCGCCGACAGGGUUACCGUCAUCUCGAAGAACAUCGAGGACGACCAGCACAUCUGGGAGAGCUCCGCAGACGCGAAAUUCCACGUCGCCAAAGACCCUCGCGGCAACACCCUCGGGCGCGGAACCUGCGUGACAUUGCAUCUUAAGGAAGACGCCACGGAGUUCCUCAACGAGUGGAAGUUGAAGGAUCUGACCACGCGCUUCAGCCAGUUCAUGAGCUACCCAAUCUACGUCCGAACCUCGCGAACCGUCACGGAAGAAGUCCCCGUCGAAGACGAAGAGACAGAGAAGACAGAAGACGCGAAAGAAAAAGACGACGUCGAAGUCACCGAGGAAGACAAAGACGAAAAGAAAGACAAGCCCAAGACGAAGAAGGUCGAGAAGAAGAAGGAGGAAUGGGAGCAAGUGAACACGCAGAAGGCGAUUUGGUUGCGUCCGAAGGAAGAGAUCGAGGACAAGGAGUACAACGAGUUCUACAAGAGCGUGAGCAAGGACUGGUCCGACCCGCUGGCGCACAUCCACUUCACAGCGGAAGGCGAGGUCGAGUUCAAGGCGCUGUUGUACAUUCCCAAGAGGGCGCCGUCGGACAUCUACAGCAACUACUUCGACAAACAGACGUCUGUGAAGGUGUACGUGCGGCGUGUGUUGGUGGCCGACCAGUUCGACGAUCUUCUCCCAAAGUAUCUGCACUUCAUCAAGGGUGUCGUCGACAGCGACGACUUGCCUCUGAAUGUGUCGCGCGAACAGCUUCAGCAACACAAGAUUCUGAAUGUGAUCUCGAAGAAGCUGGUGCGGAAGACUCUGGACACGAUGCGCAAGUUGUCCCUCGACUCGCUGAAGGAGCGGGAGGAGAUGGAGAAGGCUCUGGCGGCGGAAGAAGACGAGGAGAAGAAGAAGGAACUGGAGAGGAAACUGAAGGAGAAGAGCUUGUACGAGAAGUUCUACGACGAGUUCUCUCGCAACCUCAAGCUCGGCUGCUACGAAGACGACACGAACCGAAACAAAAUCUUGAAACUCCUGCGCUUCCACACCAGCAAAACGGGACCCGAUGCAACCGUCACCCUCGAGAGCUACGUCUCCAAACUGCCCGAGAACCAACCCAACAUCUACUACGCUGCAGGCGAGUCUGUCGAGCAACUGAUGAAGGCGCCGGAAAUGCAAAUCUUCCUCAAGAAGGACAUCGAAGUCCUCUUCCUCCUCGAGGCCAUGGACGAACCCUGCAUUCAGCGCGUCAUGGACUUUGAAGGAAAGAAGUUUGUGUCGAUUCAGAAGGGCGAUGUGCAGCUGGACCAGACUGAGGAGGAGAAGAAGACGGAGAAGCGGUUGAAGAAGGCGUUUGAGCCUUUGUUGUCUUGGAUGAAGAAGUUGCUUGGCGAGAAGGUGACCAAGGUGGAGGUGUCCAAGCGCCUCGUGGACGCGCCGUGCGCCGUGGUGGCUUCCGAGUGGGGCUACUCGGCCCAGAUGGAGAAGAUCAUGAAGACGCAGACCUUUGCGGAUCCUCGCCACGUGCGCAUGAUGGCGGGUCAGAAGGUGUUUGAGAUCAACCCGCACCACCGCAUGAUUCAGUACCUUUUGACGCAAGUCACAAAGGACGGCGAGAAUGUGAGCCCGAAGGUGACGCAGAUGGCCCGGCUGCUCUUUGAAGUCGCGAAGCUCGCGUCAGGUUUCGAAGUCGAGGAGCCGAAGGACGUUGCAGCGAGUUUGUACAGGGCCGUCGCCGCGGACCUGAGCUUGCCCACAGACGAGUCGAUGGUCUCCGAGUACGAACUGCCGCGUGAGGAAGAAGACGUGAAGGUGGGCGACGAGGAGAAGGACGAGACUAAGGACGAGGAAAAGGACGAGGAGAAGGACGAAGAGGGCGAAGCUGACGACGUCAAGGACUCCGAAGAACCAGUUGACAAGCACGACGAGUUGUAA